AUGGGUUGUGGCUUUGAAGGAUUUGAAGUUUUAGGGCUGAAGUGGCUACCACGACUAAGCCGGCUGCAGGCCAAAGAGAUAACCCCAUAUGAAUUGGGAGAUCGAAAAUGGCAGAGCAGCAUCGAGCAGCUGACUUCCAAACCGGCUCUGGUGUGUGCCCUACGUCGAAUUCACGCCUUCACCUCCUUGGCACAGGCUAUUAAACAUGUUGAGCCGGUCAAAGGGAAGAUACAGUCCCAGCUCAUCAUGUCUGCCACCCCGGAGAUCGCUUUUCGGCAAGCCGUCCUGAUUUUCACAGACAGGGACUUGGUUUCUGAUGCCCAAAGUCGACCGAUUCUGAAAUACAGCGCUCCGCCUGGAAUCUACCACAAGGCAAAAGGUGCAGAAGAUUGGAGAGGACAGACCGAGUCCAUAUUUACUUACAUGCUGUCAGGUCCUCCAUUGCUUUACACAGUCCUUAUUCUAAAACCUGGAUCCUGGAGCAGCAACCUGGGAAAGAUACUGCGUAAAGUCAACAUACAGAAGUUUGUCCUGGUGGGGUUAAAGCUGGUGAACCUGACCAAAGAAGAGUCUUUACACAUCAUGCCCGCAGAAGCCAAGCAGGAUGAAGCUUCCCGCCAGGCACACAGUGACUACCUUACCUUGGCCCCCUGCCUGGUCCUCUGCCUGCAGAGAAUCAAUGCAGUUCUCAAACUCCUGGACCUCCUGGGUCCCGAAGAUCCACAUAUGUGUAAAGAUAAAGACCAGUUCCUGUGGAGAGCCCAGUAUGGUACCAGUGUUGUGCACAAUGGGAUGUAUGGUUCCACUUCUUACCAGGCUGCUGUCCAAGACAUUAAAUGUUUCUUCCCUGAGGGCCUCAUCUCCGAUCACCUGUCUCUUGUUCUGGAGAAGGAAAAGAUCUCCAUACUGACACGUGAUAUCCGGCUUGACACUAGCGCACGACGACGGACACUGAAGAGCCAAACGUGCCAGCUUGGGCCAACACAAGAUAAAGGUUUGUUGGCUGUGCAGGGUCUCAGCGCCGGCAUGCAGUCUGCAGACAUGUCUGGCUUUCCCAGCCACACUACUUUACUAAUCCUGCCUAAACUUUAA